UUUGUCUUAUUAUCGGUUAUUGCAGAAAUUCAAUAUGGUGUCUGUUGGUUGAAGAACUACAUAAAAGUUUUAUAUUUAAAAAUAUCAAAAGCAAAGAGAAAUCGUAUAACUUGUUGUAAUUAUGAAAACUCGAUUAAAAAAUUGGUGUGACAUUUAAAAACAUCAAUGCCGCAAGAAUAUAUUCUUUAGAAAGAUAGAAAUUCACCUUUAAAACUCUUUACCGAAAUUGUAUUUUAAGAAAAUAUUUAGAAAAUAGAAGUAUCGAAAAAAUUGAAAAUGGAAAAGGUUAAAAUGGACAAUAUUACGGAUGGAAAUGAAUCUGAAGGUGAACAAAGUAGUAUUGAAAAAAAGAAUGAAAAUUCUUUGACAGAUAUUGCUAGUUUAGACAUUACAUCUCGACUUAGUUUGAAGACAACUGAAAUGUAUGGAGAAUCACAUAGAAAUGGAAUAUCUUUAGUUAAUGGUAUUUGUAAUUCUGAAAGAAUUACUAGCAUGGGUAAUCUUUCAAAACCUGAAUCUAUGGAAACUAGGCACUUAAAACAGCACGCAGAAACAUUAUCAUUGGAAAGUAGGGAUAAUAAUAUUCAAUAUGUUAGUUAUACAAGUGAACUGCAAAUGCCCGAUAUCAUGAAAUUAAUACAAAAAGACUUGAGUGAACCAUAUUCUAUUUAUACCUAUAGAUAUUUUAUCUAUAACUGGCCAAAAUUAUGUUUCUUGGCAAUGCAUGGUGAUGAGUGUGUUGGUGCUAUUGUCUGCAAACUAGAUAUUCACAGAAAAGUCAUAAAGCGUGGAUAUAUUGCAAUGCUAGCUGUUGAUGUGAAAUAUCGAAAACAAAAAAUUGGUUCCAAUCUAGUAAGGAGAGCAAUUCAAGCUAUGGUGGAAGAUAAUGCUGGUGAAGUAGUUUUAGAAACAGAAAUCACUAAUCGCCCAGCUCUACGUUUGUAUGAGAAUCUUGGUUUUGUGCGUGAUAAACGAUUGUUUCGGUAUUAUUUGAACGGUGUAGAUGCUCUUCGGUUGAAGCUAUGGCUUAGAUGAAAUUUAUCUAUAUCUUUAUAUCUCUAUCUCUAAUAAAGAUUUAUUUGACUCUGAAACAUUGAAGAGAUGCAUCAUCAAUGUUCAGUGAAGUUCAAAAAUAUAUAACGUUAAUGCCAAAGAGAUUGUGUUUCAAGUAAAAAUAAAAACAUUCGUACCAAGGAAAAAUAAUAUUAAUGAUUAAUUACCAAUUUUUUUAUUAUAGUACAUUUAUAACCUUAUUACAUUAUAUUAUUUAUGUAUUACUAUGUCAUUAAUAUAUACACUGUGAUUACUAAGAUACAAUACAAAUCAGUUGAAACAUCCUAAUCAUUAGUGAUUUUAAAUGUGUAGAUUAUUGAUUAUCAAGAUAUUCUCUUUGGUAUUAGCGUUUAUUGGGAUAGCAUACAAUCGCAGCUUAAAAAUGUUAUAAGAAAAGAUAAUGAAGAUGAAAGUGAACAAUAUGUCUUUUGUGAAUACAAAAUUUGGUAAAAGUUACGGAAAAUGGAAAAUUAUUAUAUGGUAAUAAAAUGAAUUUGAGACUUUAGUAUAAAUUAAUUCAGAUGAGAAUUUUUUGGUUGAUUUAUAUAUGAAUGAGUAAAUUUUGGGAAGGUAUUUAGUAUCUCUCAUGAUUAUCAAGUGUGAACUGAAUAUUGUAAUGAAUUUUAUUUUUAAAUCUGCUUUCACUUCUUUUUUAUUGUACAAGAUAUUGUAUCUUUUUAUCAUGUUGAUUUAAUAUAUGAUGAAAUACAA